AGGAACCAAGAACAGGAGCCAUGAGUGGAGGUUCAGGCUUCCCAGGCUUCCACAAUCACCGAUACGAUCGCGACUACGCGCGCCCACUGUUCCGUGUAUCAUCGUUCACCGACAAUGGCGGUGGCGAGGAGCAGGAGCGCCACGCAUCGUCGGCCCCACCACCGGCCCCACCACGAGGGAGAAGCAUGAGCCACACAACGUCCACGGUGGCAGCAGUGCAACCACACCUCUCGCCGACGGCGAGCAAGCUGAGCAUGAAGAAGCUGCAACAAGUUGUGAAUGAGAAGUCCCUGGAGGACGAAGAGAUGGAGCUGAUGAAGGAGAAGUACACCAAGCUGCUUCUUGGAGAGGACAUGUCUGGUAGUGGAAAGGGUGUCUGCACUGCUGUGGCCAUCUCCAACGCCAUCACCAAUCUAUAUGCAACUGUGUUUGGGACCUGCCACAGAUUGCAGCCACUGUCUCCUGAGAAGAAGGCGGUGUGGAACAGGGAGAUGGAUUGCCUCCUCUCCAUCUGCGAAUACAUUGUUGAAUUCUCACCAAAAGUCCAGGCCAUGCCUGAUGGAAGCACUCAUGAUGUGAUGGCAACCUCACCAAGAUCAGACAUUCUAAUGAACCUUCCAGCACUUGAAAAACUGGAAACUAUGCUCCUAGAUAUAUUGGAGAGCUUUGAGAAAACAGAUUUCUGGUAUAUAGAUCAGAGGAAGCAGUCCUUCAGUGACAGCACGAAGUCGUUUCAGCGCAACGAGGACAAGUGGUGGCUUCCUGAACCGUGUGUCCCAGAGACAGGCCUGUCUGACCGGAUGCACCGCGAGCUGCAACAAAAGAGGGACCAAGCAAGCCAAAUCCACAAGAUGGCCAUGGAGAUCAACAGCGGUAUCCUCUCUGAAAUGCAGGUCCCACUGUCAUACAUAGAAAUGCUACCGAAGAGUGGGAAGGUGGGCGUAGGUGAUGCCGUAUACCGGUACAUGUCUUCAGGGGAUCAGUUCUCACCAGACCACCUCCUCAACUUCCUCAACUUGAGCUCAGAACAUGAGGCUCUUGAGAUCGCAGACCGUGUUGAGGCCUCGAUGUAUGUAUGGCGGAGAAAAGCAAGUAUGACCCAUGUGGUCACAAAAUGGGAGAAUGUUACCGAGCUGAAUGCUGAUGGGGACAAGAAUCUGAUUCUUGCAAGUAGGGCUAGGGGCCUGUUGCUGUGCUUGAAGCAGAGGUUUCCAGGCUUGUCGCAGACUACCCUGGACACAAGCAAGAUUCAGUACAAUAAGGACAUUGGGCAAGCAAUACUUGAAAGCUACUCAAGGGUGCUGGAAAGUUUAGCCUACAAUAUUGUCUCAUGGAUAGAUGAUGUUCUCAUUGCAGAUGGAAAUGCCAGGAAAGGGCAUAACAUCAGAAUGCAGACGCAGGAGUUCAGCAAGCUUUCACCGCAACAGUACUGAACAUGAUGAACUAACAUAGAAAUGAGUUGAUCCUUUUGUAAUAUAGGAUUCUUUGUGAUUGGACUCCUUGCUUCCUGCAGUGGCGUGUGCAAUUUUAGUUUUUGAUAUGGGGCAGUGUGU